AUGACUCGAGCACAGCAAACUAUCUCGAUCGGCCUCCUCAUCACAUCUCUCUAUCUUGCCCUCUACCUGCAGCUUAUUCCACUACCAAGCUUGAUUUCGAACGAGAUAAUACCUGUUUUAAAGGGCGGCUCCUGGGCUACCUAUGUUUAUGCUGCCAGCGAAGAGCUCCCAUUACCGUUCUGGGCUCUGGUGUCAUUCGGCGCAUGCCUACUUUUCAAACUCGGAUUCGGCGUCCUCACAUUCAACGAUGUUCCAGAGGCGCAUGCCGAGCUCAUGAAAGAGAUUGAGUUGGCGAGGGCUGAUCUGAGAACUAAGGGUGUCGACGUUGAUUGA